CUGUUGUAAAGUAUUUAUCUGGACGCAACAAACAGGCAUACUAGCCAUUAAUAAACAAAACAAACAGAAAAUGUCUAAACAAUAUGGCCUUAUUAUCCCCGGGCAGCAGAAGAAGGAACCGGUGAGACCUGCUACAAAGCCCGCCAUUUUUGACGAGAGCAGUGACUCCGGAAGCGAUGAUGACCGCAAUGCUCCACAAUUGAAGCCAAAAACCGGGGGAGUGCCCAGUGGACCCAGUUUAAUGGAGCGUCGUGUGGCACGUCGGCAACAGGAGAAGGCCCUGGCCGAGGAUCCCACCAUCUUCCAGUAUGACGAGCUGUACGAUGACAUGGACAACAAACGCGAGGAGGCUAAGCAAACGAAGAGUCAGGAACCGCGAAAGCCAAAAUACAUCGGGCGGUUAAUGGAGCACGCCGAGCGCAGGAAGCUGGAGAAGGAGCUCCGCAUCGAACGGCAGGUGCAGAAAGAUCGCGAGGCCGAAGGUGAGAUGUACAAGGACAAGGACACCUAUGUUACGGCCGCCUAUCGCAAGAAACUCGAGUCGAUAAGACAGAUGCAAGAGCAGGAACAGCGAGAUGAGUACCUUGAGGCCAUUGGCGAUGUUACCAAGCAAAAGGAUCUGGGCGGCUUUUAUCGUCAUCUUUAUGAACAGAAAAUGGGCGGCCCUGCCCAGGAAGAUGUGAUUAAACCGAAAACGGCGCCCUCCACUGAAGAGGUAUCUUACAAACCUAUCAAAGCGGAGGCCGCUAAACAUAGGAGCUAUCGGCAACGUCGCUCUUCCGAGGAGGAGGAGCAGGCCAAGAGCAAGUCCGGUCAGGACACGGAGGCUAAAACGCCAACAGAUCAAGCGGAAAGCAAACCAGCUCAGGCUCAUUUGGCCAACAAUAUAGAUGCGGACUCCGACUUCAGCAUAGACGAUUCAAGCGAUGAAGAAGAUGAGAAAGAUAAGGAAAAGGACAAGGACAAUCAGCCUCAGGGCAAAACAAAGGAAAACGCUCAGCAAAGUUCAGAGUCCACCAAAGACAAAAAGCCCGAGGCAUCGAAGCAAUCAUCGCCCACCAAAAAUGAUGAUUCUGUUGCCGAGGUAGACGAGAAGGAUCUACCGGUGCCGACAGUUACCAAACCUCCAGUUGAUCGAACGCUCAUCUGGCGGAAAAGAACCGUGGGCGAGGUCUUCGAUGCUGCCUUGGCACGUUAUCAGGAACGGAAACGGGCUCGUCAGGGCUAAAAUGCAUCCAAUUAAAGUUCGAGUAGAUGGAAAAACAAACCACUGAUUUCUGUAUUGUCUCCUUAUUAUGCUAAUUUCAAUUUGUCCCAUGCUCAUAAAUUAUUUAUGUGUAUGCCAGGCGCUCUUAGCAAACCCUUUUCGGUGCAAAUAUUUUGCAUAAGUUGCAACAGAGUCCCUUAGCCCGUUUCCACUUUUCAUCUAAAACAGAAAGCAGAAGGAAAAAAAAAAAUGGAAAAUAAAAUGGGUAAGAAGUACAAGGCAUGACGGAUGGAACCGCAGGAAAAAUGGGGGAAAAGCACUGGAGGAUGAGGAAGUGCCUGAAGGAGCAGAACGCGAAGAUAUUCCAUUUAUUUUGUAUGACGACGACACGACGACAAGUAGAAGAGCCAAAAAAAAAAGAACUAGGGCUAGCUUAGAGGAACGAAACUGAAAAUACCCUUGUAGGUAAGUUGUAGAUCUUAUUUUGUUUAGGAUUUUAUGUGGGUUAAUUAGAAGUGCUGUUUGUAGUUCCUUUUGAGCAAAACAUUUGCUUUGAAUUUCGAAAUAGCUUAAAGUCUGAAUUGAGGGGAGCAUAAAUGAUGUUGUGUUUUAUAGUAUAUUAAAUUAUAUAGCCUUUUGGGACAUAUUGAUCCCAACAUAACAAUCUAAAUCCAAAAGUUCUCAACGCUACAAUGUAAAUAAGACGACGGUGGGCGAAGAAAAAAAAAUCCAUCCCUAUUGAUUUUAUAGUCUCGGACAAAUCCGCGUUGAGGCAGACAGCUUAUGCAGAAAUGACUUUUUAGGUUCACAAAUAUCUCGUUCACUGAGCCGGAAACUCCUAAUCCAAGUUCUAAUACCCUCAGCAAGGGUAUAAAAACGGAAAGGCACCGAGAAACUUGCCAAACGCCCAAAUAACAAAGAGCCAACUUGGCGUUAGUUUAUUUUUUCGCCAUCCUUUUUGUUUUUGCAACAUUGUUGUUGCUUCAUUUUGCCGCAAAUGCUGGGAAAUCCUUUUGGAAAAUAGGUGUGCCCGCGCCAUAAAAGCGAAAACCAAUGGACCAACGGAGGGUAGCGGCAUGCCGGAGCAGCUUUUCCCUGGGCAAAGGAGAACGAAAAGUGUGGGGAGCUCAACUGACAUGGUUAGGAUCAGUGAUGGACAGUGUCUAGUCUAGGUUCUUAGGUACUUUUACUUAAUGGUUCUGACCUUGCUUUGAUUAAGGAUUAUUAAUAAAUCAUCUUAUGACAUUGAUGAUAUUGUAAACUGUGGAAAAAAUAGAUAAGUGGAAAGUUAUAGCUUAAAGUCGUCGUAUUAAAAAUAAUUAAUAGUAAUUAAUAUUUUAAUAAAAUAUGCUAA